CCAAAAGAGAGAUAACCCAAAAAGCAAUGAAAUAAGAUCAAAACUUGUAAGCAACAAGAAUCCCUUUUGUAUUGAUUAUUAAUUCAUCAUCAUCAUCACAAAACUCCCCCACUUCUUCAAUAGUAUUAAGGUUUUAGUUUUACUUCUUUCUGUGAUCAUCUUUAGAUAUCAUCAGUAUAACUUUGAGAGGUCGUCUCUGUGUUCAGACAUGUCGUCCAAGUUUGGUCAUUGGAGAACCUUGCUUCUUCAACUCUUUCGUAAGACAGACGACUCUUCCUCGACAUAUCGUCGUCGUCGGGUAUCCGAACCUCUGCAGGCCUCCUCCUCCUCCUCCUCCUCCUCGGUCGCCAUGGUCCCAUUUGGAUCCACAACUUAUAUGUCAUCCCUACUCAGAUCCUACUGUUGUCGUCCCAGCUGGAUGAGACGAGAGAAAGAGGAAAGUAAAGAUGAAGAUCGGCCAUCAAUAUCAACUUUUUUCUUCUUCGUCCCUCCUAAUUGGGCAAAGUGGAUUUUUGGAGCCCUAUUGUCCCUAUUGGUACCCAAUUGGAAUAAAUUGCAAAGAAUUGAAGAUGAAGCGGAAAUGGUGAUCGAAGAGGCGGAAAAUGUAGCAGAAGUAGUAGAAAAGGUAGCAGAACUAACAGAGAAAGUAUCAACAAAAAUUUGUGAGAAACUUCCUGAGAAGAGUAAGCUGAAAGAGGCAGCUGAAGUUGUAGAAAGUUAUUCUAAGGAAAUUGCCCAUGAUGCUCACCUAACACAAGAUAUCCUCCACAAGGUGGAAGAGUGGAAACUAAAAGUAGAUAAGUCGAAGAUAGAUACGAACGAACCGAAUAAAGAAGAAAUAAGGCAGAUUAGAGCAAACAAGUGACAAAGCAUUCAAAUGUCGGAUCAAUAUAUAUAUAUAUAUAUGUAUAUAUUAUUAAAAUAGUACCUAUUUUCAAAUGUCCAAUAUAUAUCUACUAAAAGUGUGAAUGGUAGAUAAAGACACGCUACAAUUAGUAGAUAUUAAAUCUUAGAUAGGUGAUCAUCACGGAUAGGGAAAUAUGGAUUUCGGUAUAUGAUGGCCAACUACUAUAUAAAGAUUAUUUUAAUAUUGAACGGGUUUUCUUGA